AUGUCAUUAAACUAUCUCCCGGGACGUCCAAAUGAUACCCAGCAGUCAAUGUGCCAGGCUUCCUGGCAAGAUCAUACCAUUUUUGCAUAUUGUUCAGGUAACAAUUUAAUCAUUCUUUCAAACGAAUUUACCAGGCUACAAACUAUUUAUUUGGAAACAGAGAUGGAUUGUACAGCUGUAGAUAUUAACCCAAAUAAUGGGUUUAUUGCAGUCUCCGUCAAUAAUAAAGUUAAUGUUUACAAACCAUUGCAUCAAGUUAUGAAGAAUCCCAAAUGGACAUUCUGUUGUGAUAUAUUCCAUGAUCAUUCAAGGGUCAAUUGCCUGAAAUGGGGACAUAAUAAAUAUUCAAAUUCAGAUACAAUUGAGAUAAUACUAGGAUCAGAUUAUUUAUCAUUUUGGAAAAUUGAUGACAAAUUUGGGAACUACAUACCUAUAUUAUUAUGGAAUAAGAGGCAACCUAAACCUGUAUAUCUGGUAACAGUAUCGAAUGAUUCACAAUUGAUAGCCAGCUUGGGAAAAUUUGAUCAUUCCGUCAAAUUGUGGAAAAGAAUCUCAAUUAGUGGAGAACAAGAUAUAUUUAACUUAUCCUUGUUACAUCAUUCCGCUCCAGUUACUUCGUUGAGAUGGAAACUAUUAAAAACAAAUCAUAAAUCAACGCAAAUACUCUAUACACUUUGUGCAGAUAAAAAAUUACGAAUUUGGUCCUGCAUCGUGAUGGAAACAGGAUUGGUUAAAGUACAAGAUUGGGGGUCACUCAUAUUGAAACCCGAACAAAAAUUUUGCUUUAUUAUUGAUAGCUGGCUAAUUCAAUCAUUUUUGGAUACAUUAUCAGCCAAGAACCAAGACCAGUUACCUAAGGAAUAUGAAUAUUUUAAAAAAUUAAAACCAGAUAUAGUACUCUUUGGCGAUGUCGACGGUAAUUUCGAAGUAAUUUCGUUGGAAAACCUAUCUCAUGAACCACCAAAAUCAUUGAAUACCAAGCAACUUGGGACUGUUUCUAUUCCACAUCCAUCUAUAAUGAAGAACCCAAAUUUUCUAUAUUUCUCGGAGGUUCAACCUUAUACAUUCCCAGAAGCGUCCUUGAUUGUAAAUGAUUUAUGUGGGAAAAUAAGACAUUCUACUUUAAACUUACCUAUGCUUCUAGCCCCCACUAAGAAGGACCAAACUACAACUCGAAUAGCAAUAUUAGAACACAAAUUUACAGGCCAUAAUAAAUCAAUACAAAGGCUAAUCAGAAGUAAUGAUGGUGAAGCCUUAUUAACUGUUUCAAGAUUUUCUGAAAAUUGUGUGUGGUGCCCGCAACAGUUGGAUAAUGGAACUUCGUCAUUAGAAAUAAAAAACAUAAUAAAAACUGAAGCACCAAUAAAAUUAGCAGUUGUACAGGAGAAGGGUUCCCUUGUAAUUUGUCUGCUAGAAAAUCUCAAAAUUCAAGCAUGGGAAUGUCCAGAUAUACAUCAUGUGUUAGAUUCUCAUUUGAAAGCAGAAUUUACAUUUCCAGAAUCCGAUCGUGACCUUCAGCCCUUGCUCAUGUUUCAUACCCCAGAAGAAAAACAUAAUCAUCAUCGUCACUUCGUGGCCAUUGUCUAUAAUGAUGGAUCAAUUCGCGCGUUUUCUGUAUCAUUUGAAGAGGGAAUUAAUGAAGUGGAAUCGGAUUCAUUAGAUACUACAGAUGAUAUUUAUCGAAUUACAACUAUCGAUCCAGUCCACACUACAUACCGUAGUUAUAGACCAUUACUUUCAUUAAUCACUAAAAAGGGUGCCACCAGUACUUACAAAGCAAUUAUUGACUGUGAUGACCUGGGGAAAUACCAUAUCGCAUGGAUAAAAACCUAUGACAUCAAUACUGGAAUUACUGAUGCUCUAUUUGUGAGAGGUUCUUCAACAGGAAAAAUAUGUAUAGUAGGCUCAGAUGGGAAAUCAAUGUCACUUUGGGAUAUGAGAAGAGGGGUGCUGGAAUAUAACCAAACUUUUGAGGAUACAAUUAGGGAUGUAGAUUGGACAAGCACGGAAUUUGAGCAAAGUAUUGUAUCCAUUGGCUUUAUUGGUUUUGCGCUGCUCUACACCCAGUUGAGAUAUGAUUAUACUAAUAAUACCCCAAGUUAUCUACCCAUUGAGAAAAUUGACAUUACCUCCCAUACCGCUCAUACAAUUGGUGAUUCUAUUUGGUUAAAAAAUGGUAUAUUUGUGGUUGCCUCCGGUAAUCAACUUUACAUCAAGGAUAGAACUUUGGAUUUAAGCGAUCCCUUCACAAAUCGAUCAAUUGGAUCAAGAAAGAUUAUUUCAAAUGAUAUCCUUCACCUAAAUAGUGUGUUAAAUGGCCCACUACCUGUUUAUCACCCACAAUUUUUAAUACAAGCCCUAUAUGGGAAAAAAUUGCAGCUUGUAAAGGAAUUGCUAUUAAGAUUGUUCCUUGAACUGAGAAACAUUGAUUUUGAGUCCAUGGAUAUAACCACAACUUUAUCUUCGGACCUAAAUACUCCAUAUUAUAAGUUUUUUGUUGCUCAUGAUAGAGAUUAUCCUUCUGAAAAGUUUCCCGACCCUUACCCAGAGUUUACAAAGGUUGUUGCAUCUGCACUUUGUGAACAACUGACAAAAAUUACACUCCCAUAUAUUACGCGUCAUCAACAAAAAACACUAAUUACUGUCAUAGAAGCUAUGGACCUGAUUAUAAAAAAUGAAAAGACUGUCGAUUAUAAUGGUAUCAGAUUCUUAUUGGGAGUCAAGUUAUUUAUCUCCCAUAGACCUGGCCAGAAAUCUUUAUUAAUGAGAGACGUCUCUUGGGCUUUGCACUCUGACAACAAGGAAAUUAUUCUUUCAUUAAUUAAUACUCAGCUGGAUUCGUGGGAGAAAGCCUGUGAAUUUAAGAUUGCGUACUGGAUAAAACAGUCGGACUUACUCCAAAAAUUUGAAGAUAUUGCCAGGCUAGAAUUUUCCAAAAAUGAAACUAAGGAUCCAUUAAGAUGUGCCAUUUUCUAUCUUGCUCUUAAAAAGAAGCAAAUUCUGUUAAGUUUAUGGAAAACUAGUAUUGGACAUCCUGAACAACAGAAAAUGGUUAAGUUUCUCCAGAACGACUUCAAGGAGCCAAGAUGGAGAACAGCUGCUCUUAAGAAUGCAUUCGUGCUGUUAAGUAAGCACCGCUACACAGAUGCUGCAACUUUCUUCCUAUUAGCUGAUUCUUUGAAAGAUGCUGUAAAUGUACUUUGGAAACAAGUAGGAGAUAUGGAUCUGGCCAUUGCUGUAUGCAGAGUCUAUGAAGGUGACAAUGGUCCAAUACUAGGAGACUUGUUGAUUAAUCAAGUCUUACCCAAUGCAAUUUUGGAAAGUGAUAGGUGGAUGACAAGCUUUAUAUACUGGAAGUUGAGGAAACAAGAGUUGUCUAUCAAAGCUCUUGUAACAGCUCCAAUAGGGCUAGAAAAGAACUCAGAAAUUGUCUCUCGUGGAAAAUUAGUAAACCGUUCCUUUUUAGUAGAGGACCCUGCUCUCUUAUUUUUAUACAACCACUUGAGGGAAAGAAACAUAAGAUACUUUAUAAGUUCACUUGAAAUCGGUCAAGAGGUGGAGAGGGUAUUACUUCUGAGAGUUACUGAUAUAUUAAGACGAAUGGGAUGUAAUUACUUGGCAGUUUCGCUUGUAAAAAAUUGGAAAUUUAUUGAGAUUAAAGACACUGAUAUUAAGGAACAAGAAACAGCUGACAAAACAAAGGAAACAUACACUGGUAUAGAUACUCUUGUUAAUGAACCGACAACAACAAGAAGGGUAAGACAGAGUUUGUUUGAUAAAUUUGACGAAAAUGACACUCCAAGAAAAAGUGAGGAUAAUUUUACCGCCCAAGUUGGUUCUUCUCAUGGAAACCUGUUGGAUGCCUUUGCCUCACCAUCACCAUCAUCUCCUCUGACACCUAGAAAUUUGUUGGAUGAUUUUUCUGUGGGCUCAAGCCAAACGAGAAGCACCACACAAAGUUCCGGAAAUAUCCUGGCUGGUUAUGAUGAUACUAUAAAGGAAGGAGCUGCCAAGAAUAUUGCAACUGAACAGCGUAAUUUAUUGGACAACUUUGGCGUUCCAGCGGCGGCACAGCCUAAAUCAUCCAAAAAACAGGCUCCAAGAAGUAUGCUUGACGAUUUUAUGUAA